AAAGAAUCCAACGAGAGUGCGUUGCUCCUCUGUCACCGCUGCCCCCGAGGUACUCCGGCUGCUUCUCAGCCCCGCCGCCUCGCGGGGCUGGACGCAGUGCCCGAGGCGCCCUGCAGAUGGGGCGGGCAGAGAACAUGCGCCCCAGCCGCGGGUGACAGGCGCCGGCCCGCCUGCCUGUCUGCUCCGCGCAGUGACCCGGGGGGCAGAGGAUGCCCGGCGGAGGGACCUGGGAGCCGGAUCUGAGACUGCCGGGAGCGCGCUAGGCUCCAACUUGAAUGGCUUAGAGACCGCUCCAGUCCUGGGUCGGCUUAGCCGAGUGGAGUGAAGCUGCGCGCGGGACCUGGAGGCGGAGACCUCAGGCAGCGGCUGCAGAGGGGCGAGCCGGGCGCAGGAGGGGGCGCGCUUUCUCCCUGAGGUCUCAGUAAUGAGGAGACUGAGUUUGUGGUGGCUGCUAAGCAGGGUCUAUCUGCUGUUGCCGCCGCCCUGCGCACUGGUGCUGGCUGGGGUGCCCGGCUCCUCCUCGCACCCGCAGCCCUGCCAGAUCCUCAAGCGCAUCGGACACGCGGUGAGGGUGGGCGCGGUGCACUUGCAGCCCUGGACCACGGCCCCCCGCGCGGCUAGCCGCGGUCCGGACGGCAGCCGGGCAGGAACCCAGCGGGAUGAGCCGGAUCCAGGGACCAGGCGGCCCCUGGCGCCCUCGCCGGGCGCACGCUGGUUGGGAACUACCCUGCAUGGCCGGGGGCCGCCGGGCGCCCGUAAGCCCGGGGAGGGCUCCAGGGCGGAGACCCUGUGGCCACGGGAUGCCCUCCUAUUCGCCGUGGACAACCUGAACCGCGUGGAAGGGCUGCUGCCCUACAACCUGUCUUUGGAAGUAGUGAUGGCCAUCGAGGCAGGCCUGGGCGAUCUGCCGCUUUUGCCCUUCUCCUCCCCUAGCUCGCCUUGGAGCAGUGACCCUUUCUCCUUCCUGCAAAGUGUUUGCCAUACCGUGGUGGUGCAAGGGGUGUCGGCGCUGCUCGCCUUCCCCCAGAGCCAGGGCGAGAUGAUGGAGCUCGACUUGGUCAGCUCAGUCCUGCACAUUCCAGUGAUCAGCAUCGUGCGCCACGAGUUUCCGCGGGAGAGUCAGAAUCCCCUUCACCUACAACUGAGUUUAGAAAAUUCAUUAAGUUCUGAUGCUGAUGUCACUGUCUCAAUCCUGACCAUGAACAACUGGUACAAUUUUAGCUUGUUGCUGUGCCAGGAAGACUGGAACAUCACUGACUUCCUCCUCCUUACCCAGAAUAAUUCCAAGUUCCACCUUGGUUCUAUCAUCAACAUCACAGCUAGCCUCCCCUCCACCGAGGACCUCUUGAGCUUCCUACAGAUCCAACUUGAGAGUAUCAAGAACAGUACACCCACAGUGGUGAUGUUUGGCUGCGACAUGGAAAGUAUCCGGCGGAUUUUCGAAAUUACAACCCAGUUUGGGGCAAUGCCCCCCGAACUUCGUUGGGUGCUGGGAGAUUCCCAGAAUGUGGAGGAACUGAGGACAGAGGGUCUUCCCUUAGGUCUCAUUGCUCAUGGAAAAACAACACAGUCUGUCUUUGAGUACUACGUACAAGACGCUAUGGAGCUGGUUGCAAGAGCUGUAGCCACAGCCACCAUGAUCCAGCCAGAACUCGCUCUCAUUCCCAGCACGAUGAACUGCAUGGAGGUGGAAACUACAAAUCUCACUUCAGGACAGUAUUUAUCAAGGUUUCUGGCUAAUACCACUUUCAGAGGCCUCAGUGGUUCCAUCAAAGUAAAAGGUUCCACCAUCGUCAGCUUAGAAAACAACUUUUUCAUCUGGAAUCUUCAACAUGACCCCAUGGGAAAGCCAAUGUGGACCCGCUUGGGCAGCUGGCAAGGGGGCAAGAUUGUCAUGGACUAUGGACUAUGGCCAGAGCAGGCCCAGAGACACAAAACCUACUUCCAACACCCAAGUAAGCUACACUUGAGAGUGGUUACCCUGAUUGAGCAUCCUUUUGUCUUCACAAGGGAGGUAGAUGAUGAAGGCUUGUGCCCUGCUGGCCAACUCUGUCUAGACCCCAUGACUAAUGACUCUUCCACUCUGGACAGGCUUUUUAGCAGCCUCCAUAGCAGUAAUGAUACAGUGCCCAUUAAAUUUAAGAAGUGCUGCUAUGGAUAUUGCAUUGAUCUGCUGGAAAAGAUAGCAGAAGACAUGAACUUUGACUUCGAUCUCUAUAUUGUAGGGGAUGGAAAGUAUGGAGCCUGGAAAAAUGGGCACUGGACUGGGCUGGUGGGUGAUCUCCUGAGUGGGACUGCUCACAUGGCAGUCACUUCCUUCAGCAUCAAUACUGCACGGAGCCAGGUGAUAGAUUUCACCAGCCCUUUCUUCUCCACCAGCUUGGGCAUCUUAGUGAGGACCCGAGAUACAGCAGCUCCCAUUGGAGCCUUCAUGUGGCCACUCCACUGGACAAUGUGGCUGGGGAUUUUUGUGGCUCUGCACAUCACUGCCAUCUUCCUCACUCUAUAUGAAUGGAAGAGUCCCUUUGGUUUAACUCCCAAGGGGCGAAAUAGAAGUAAAGUCUUCUCCUUUUCUUCAGCCUUGAAUGUCUGUUAUGCCCUCUUGUUUGGUAGAACGGUGGCCAUCAAACCCCCAAAAUGUUGGACUGGAAGGUUUCUAAUGAAUCUUUGGGCCAUUUUCUGUAUGUUUUGCCUUUCCACCUACACAGCAAACUUGGCUGCCGUCAUGGUAGGUGAGAAGAUCUAUGAAGAGCUUUCUGGAAUACAUGACCCCAAGUUGCAUCAUCCCUCCCAAGGAUUUCGCUUUGGAACUGUCCGAGAAAGCAGUGCUGAAGAUUAUGUGAGACAGAGUUUCCCAGAGAUGCAUGAAUAUAUGAGAAGGUACAAUGUUCCAGCCACCCCCGAUGGAGUGGAAUAUCUGAAGAAUGAUCCAGAGAAACUAGACGCCUUCAUCAUGGACAAAGCCCUUCUGGAUUAUGAAGUGUCAAUAGAUGCUGACUGCAAACUUCUCACUGUGGGGAAGCCAUUUGCCAUAGAAGGAUACGGCAUUGGCCUCCCACCCAACUCUCCACUGACCUCCAACAUAUCUGAGCUAAUCAGUCAGUACAAGUCACACGGGGUUAUGGAUGUGCUUCAUGACAAGUGGUACAAGGUGGUUCCCUGUGGCAAGAGAAGCUUUGCUGUCACUGAGACUUUGCAAAUGGGCAUCAAACACUUCUCUGGACUCUUUGUGCUGCUGUGCAUUGGAUUUGGUCUCUCCAUCUUGACCACCAUUGGUGAGCACAUAGUAUACAGGCUGCUGCUACCACGAAUCAAAAACAAAUCCAAGCUGCAAUACUGGCUCCACACCAGCCAGAGAUUACACAGAGCACUAAACACAUCAUUUGUAGAGGAAAAGCAGAAGCAUUUCAAGACCAAACGUGUGGAAAAGAGGUCCAGUGUGGGACCCCGUCAGCUCACUGUAUGGAAUACUUCCAAUCUGAGUCACGACAACCGACAAAAAUACAUCUUUAGUGAAGAGGAAGGACAAAACCAACUGGGCAUCCAGACCCACCAGGACAUCCCCCUCCCUCCGAGGAGAAGAGAGCUCCCUGCCUCACUGACCACCAAUGGGAAAGCAGACUCCCUAAAUGUAUCUCGGAACUCAGUGAUGCAGGAACUCUCCGAGCUAGAGAAGCAGAUUCAGGUGAUUCGCCAGGAGCUGCAGCUGGCUGUGAGCAGGAAAACGGAGCUAGAAGAGUAUCAAAGGACAAGUCGGACUUGUGAGUCCUAGGUGACCACUGCUCCCCUUUCUCAGUUCCUGGCCUUCCUCUGAGCCCUUGAGACACUUUGUAAUGCUCUUUUCUAACUAUCGACAAAGGUGUGGGGAAGCUGUGGUCUAGGUUUUCUUAGAGGUCGAGUCUGCUCUCCCUAGCCUAAAGAACAGCCGCAGCUCCUCUCAAGCUCACUCCCUAGGUCUUCAGGGUAGAAGUGUUUUUCUAUCAAGAAUCUUAGUCAGGAGUAAGCUCUGUGUGAGGGAUCUGUGAAUAACCAGAUAACUCUAGCUUCCGUUAUCCUUUUUACCAGGUGCCACAGUAGUAUUUCUGGUUUUUAGCCCUUUCUCUGCACUACCAACAAGAGAUAAAAUCGUUACUCA